AACACACACGCGCGGCGUCAUGAGGCUCCCGCUUUUAUUUUUGUUUACAAUCGUUCUUAUACAAUACGGUGAUUGCCGGAUCGCGUGGUGGUCAAAUUUCGUCGACAUGUGGAACGAAAAAACAACACAGAUGAAGAAUUAUGUGCAGGACAAAGGACGCAGUUUCGUAAAUUACUUUGAAGGUGUACAAAAUAAAGUGACUUCUUAUUUUAAACCUUCGCGUUCGGCUUCCGGAAGGAAAUUGGACGUGACAACCACAACAGAAGAAUAUAUUAAUGGCAGGUUUGAAAUUUACUUAAAUGAAGCGGAUAUUUCUGACUCUGAGUUGUUUGAAGUUAUUGCUCCACCUGUUAUUCAAUAUAAUUGCACGUCCGAUGAUCCAAUGAUUCAUAUGACGACGCCUCAAUUAAUAGCUCUUCAUGGAUACCCCGCCGAGUCCCAUAUGGUCAUUACUGCCGAUGGAUACAUCCUCACGGUGCACAGAAUUCCUCAUGCCAAAGUGGGUAAUGGGAGCAAAAGUAUUGAAAUUCCUCGAAAGACUGUUCUUUUGCAUCACGGUUUACUCGGCAGCUCUGCAGACUGGAUAAUUGCGGGCCCGGAAAAAGGUCUGGCAUAUAUUUUGUCUAACGCCGGUUAUGAUGUUUGGAUGGCGAAUGUCAGAGGGAACACAUAUUCGAGAGCUCAUAUAACUUUAAAUUCGGAAUGCCGGGCUUUUUGGAACUUCACAUUCCACGAGGUCAGUCAACACGACUUGCCAGCUGUGAUCGAUUAUAUAAUGGAGACCAAAGGAUGGGACGCCAAGCUCAAUUAUAUUGGACAUUCAAUGGGCACGUCAGUUUUAUUCGCUCUGCUGUCAACUAAAACCCAUUACAAUAAAGUUUUAAGAGCAGGCUACGCACUUGCGCCUGUAGCUUACAUGACGGAGAUUAGAAGUCCGAUAAGAAUGCUGGCCAGAUUCGCCGAUGACAUUGACUAUUUACUCAGUCUUCUUGGCCAGAAUGAGUUUCUGCCGCAGAACUCUGUCUUGCGAUGGCUGUCGAAGCACGCUUGCGAAAUAAAUCACUUCGAAGAAGCUAUUUGUGAAAAUACCUUGUUUAUGCUUUGCGGGCAUGAUGAAAAGCAAUUCAACAGGACGCUGUUGCCUCUCAUUUUGGGCCACGUACCAGCAGGCGCUUCAACGAAGACUCUUGUCCACUACGCCCAAGAGAUUCGCAACAAAGGCCAAUUCCAAAUGUUUGACUUCGGCCACGACGGAAAUAAGAGACAGUACGGGACUCCAACGCCUCCUCAGUAUCCUCUUGAGAAGAUCACUUUGCCAAUCGCCCUGCUAGGUGCGCAGAACGAUUGGCUGGCCAGCACCGUUGAUGUCACAAGUCUAUAUAACCAACUACCUAACCCCAUUGAGAACUAUGUAGUGCCUUUGAAAGAGUUCAAUCAUGUCGAUUUUCUGUGGGCAAUAGAUGCGCCUAAACUAGUGUACAACAAGUUAUUAGACCUCUUAGAAAAAGGAGGUAAUAAAUAUCCUGACGUAGACGUAGAAAUCAUAAUGGACUAGACAAAACAAUUCAAAAUCGCUCUCCUUCUUGACGCGACUGGCAAAUCAUAUUACUUUUUGGCAACCGGGUUUUUUAACCUAAUUAACCCCCGCUGAAUCCGAAUUUGCCGGUUGCCCGAUCGAAAUCUUGAGCGGAAGUGAGAUAUUUGAUAUUAAAGGUCCCUUUUUUAGUUUUUCGUAAAUAACUCUUGAACGGUAGCGCAUAGCAAAAAAUAUUCUAUUACAUAAGCAAUCUGCAUUUAAUUGCCUACAAGAAAGAUUCAGUACAAUUUUUCGCUAGGAUCAAUAUUCAAAGAGAUAUUACCGCGGGAAAUUUAAUUAUAAUCACUUCUAAGGUCCUAAGGUAAGGGACCUUUAAUAUCAAAUAUCUCACUUCCGGUCAAGAAUUCGAUUAAGCAACCGGCAAAUUGGGAUUCAGCGGGGUCCAAUUAGGUUAAAAAACCUGGUUGCCAUAAAGUAAUAUGAUUUGCCAGUCGCAUCAAGAAGGAGAGCGAUUUUGAUUUUUUUGUAACUACUUAAUGAAGUUGAUACGGUUAGCUUUUAUUUGGUCCGCGCAUUUGUAGACAAAUUUUAGAUAAGAGUUGAUAAAAUUUGCUUUAGUGAAGGGAAGUGAGAUAACUUUAUAUUUUAAAAUGAAUGUGAGAUUAGCUGUAAUAUUAUGCUUAGUAAUAAAGUACAUAUUAUCUUUCUACAA